AUGGCCCAACAGUUUGUAAACAGCAGACUCCACCCAGGGAUGGUGUUUGUGUUCAUCAAACCCACCUGCCCCUACUGCAGAGAGGCCCAAAAGAUCCUCUGCCAAUUGCCUUUCAAACAAGGGCUUUUGGAAUUUGUCAAUAUCACAGCCUCCAAUGACAUAUAUGCUGUUCAAGAUUAUCUCCAGCAGCUCACAGAAGAAGCAAGAACCAUAGCUCAGGUUUUCAUGGGUAAUGGUUACAUAAAUGGAUGCAGUCAUCUAAUAAUUAUGCAAGAAAAUGGGGAGCUGUUGAAGUGGCUAGCAGAUAUGGGAGCUCUACAAUAA